AUGGAGUCGAUCCUGGCACUCGACAUUGAGGAGCUUGCCGCGGCAAUUCGAGACCGGCGCUUUUCUGCGCAAUCUGUACUGCAUGCAUACCGGGCGCGAGCAGAAGCAGUCCAUCAAGCAUGCAACGCGGUGGCUUUCUGGCUUCCGACCGCAGAGCAGGAAGCACGCAAGGCUGAUGAGCACCUCCAGCGUACUGGUGCUGUUCUUGGUCCUUUGCAUGGGAUCCCCUUCACAGUGAAGGAUCAUGUCGCAGUUGCUGGCACACCUAUAACGCUGGGCAUGCGGACUCUUCAGAGGCAUGGCUUGACCACCAAGAAUGACGACAACUUGGUUGUUGUGUUGCGCGCCUUGGGCGCCAUACCCUUUGCAAAAUCGACAAUGGUACAACUUGGGAUGUCAAUCGGUGGCGGGAGCCCGGCCCACGGUGACACACUCAAUCCCUGGGACACUCGUCGUACCUCGGGGGGCAGCAGCUGUGGGGAGGGUGCCCUGGUUGGUGCCGGCGCCUCCCCGUUUGGAAUUGGUUCUGAUGUGGGGGGUUCUGUGCGCAUACCGGCUGCCUACUGCGGAAUCGCUUCAUUGAAGCCAACUGUUGGUCGAAUUUCCGAAGCUUGGGUGGCAGCCAUUUAG